AUGGAUCUCCUUCCCCCCAAGCCCAAAUACAACCCACUUCGGAAUGAGUCUCUGUCAUCGCUGGAGGAGGGGGCUUCAGGGUCCACCCCCCCGGAGGAGCUGCCUUCCCCAUCAGCCUCAUCUCUGGGGCCUAUCCUGCCACCUCUGCCUGGGGACGAUAGUCCCACCACCCUGUGCUCCUUCUUCCCCCGGAUGAGCAACCUGAAGCUGGCUAACCCAGCUGGGGGGCGCCCGGGGCUGAGGGGGGAGCCAGGAAAGGCAGUGGAGGAUGGGGAGGGGAUGGCAGGGGCAGCCUUGCUGGACUCAGGCCCCCUGCACCUCCUCCAGGACAUGAACAAGCUGAGUGGAGGCGGCGGGCGCAGGACUCGGGUGGAAGGGGGCCAGCUGGGGGGCGAGGAGUGGACCCGCCACGGGAGCUUUGUCAAUAAGCCCACGCGGGGCUGGCUGCAUCCCAACGACAAAGUCAUGGGACCCGGGGUUUCCUACUUGGUUCGGUACAUGGGCUGUGUGGAGGUCCUGCAGUCAAUGCGUGCUCUGGACUUCAACACCCGGACUCAAGUGACCAGGGAGGCCAUCAGUCUGGUGUGUGAGGCUGUGCCAGGUGCUAAGGGGGCAACAAGGAGAAGAAAGCCCUGUAGCCGCCCACUCAGCUCCAUCCUGGGGAGGAGUAACCUGAAAUUUGCUGGAAUGCCAAUCACUCUCACAGUCUCUACCAGCAGCCUCAAUCUCAUGGCAGCUGACUGCAAACAGAUCAUAGCCAACCACCACAUGCAAUCCAUCUCGUUUGCAUCUGGCGGGGAUCCGGACACAGCUGAAUAUGUUGCCUAUGUUGCCAAAGACCCCGUGAAUCAGAGAGCCUGCCACAUCUUGGAGUGUCCUGAAGGACUUGCCCAGGAUGUCAUCAGCACUAUUGGCCAGGCCUUUGAGUUGCGCUUCAAACAGUACCUCAGGAACCCACCCAAGCUAGUCACUCCCCACGACAGGAUGGCUGGCUUUGAUGGCUCCGCUUGGGAUGAGGAGGAGGAAGAACCACCAGACCAUCAGUACUAUAAUGACUACCCAGGGAAGGAACCCCCUCUUGGAGGGGUGGUGGAUAUGAGGCUUCGGGAAGGAGCCAUCCCAGGGGCUGCUCGAUCUACUCCACCCUGUGCUCAAACCCCCAGCCACCUGGGGGCUACACUGCCUGUAGGGGGAGACACAGAAGUCCGCAAACAGAUGCCACCUGCACCGCCUUGCCCAGCAGGCAGAGAGCUCUUUGAUGAUCCCUCCUAUGUCAACAUCCAGAACCUAGACAAGGCCCGGCAAGCAGGGGGUGGGGGCAUGUCCCCCAAUCCUGCCAUCAAUGGCAGUGCACCCCGAGAUAUCUUUGACAUGAAGCCCUUUGAAGAUGCCCUCCGGAUGCCUCCACCUCCUCAGUUGGUGUCCAUGGCUGAGCAGCUCCGAGGGGAGUCCUGGUUCCAUGGGAAGCUGAGCCGGCGGGAGGCUGAGGCCUUGCUGCAGCUCAAUGGGGACUUCCUAGUACGCGAGAGCACAACCACGCCUGGCCAGUAUGUGCUCACCGGCUUGCAGAGUGGUCAGCCCAAACACUUGCUCCUGGUGGACCCUGAGGGUGUGGUUCGGACAAAGGAUCACCGCUUUGACAGUGUCAGUCAUCUCAUCAGCUACCACAUGGACAAUCACUUGCCCAUCAUCUCUGCGGGCAGCGAACUUUGUCUACAGCAGCCUGUGGAGCGGAAACUGUGA